AUGGCUCCUGAAGCAGCUCAGUCGGAUAUCUUUCCUGAAUACGUCGAGGGGAUGGAGCUACUACUCUCCCUGAAAGAUGUCGGCUCAUCUUCCACGGACAGGACCUCCAUCGCUUGCAAGAUUGUAAAGGCAUAUCGUCCGUUCACCAUGUCCCCCGUCCUCCUUGUCUCAAUAUCUUUGGAAAACGGGUUCCCCCUUCCUUCAACCGCCAUUCUCAAACUGUACGAUCGGCGCUGCUUCACCAACAUCCGCACCGACUUCGACGAAGGCAAGCCGUGGUCGCUCGACAAGGAGCAGGAAUAUCGGCAAUAUCUCAACGACGUCUCCACCGGGUCUGCAGCACUCGGCGACUUCAAUAGCCCAACCUUCUUCUGGGACAAGGAGGUCUCGGACGGCGAGUUCGAGGCGUACCUCUGCCAUGUCGCGCAGCGGACGUUCGACGCGGAGCGCGCCGCGUACGCACGCCUGCACGAGCUGCAGGGGAGGAUGGUGCCCACGCUGUAUGGGGACAUCGAGUACGAACACGUCAACGCCGGCGCCCGCGGCGAUGGCGCGCCCGUCACGGACGUGGUCUCCGGUCUCCUCCUGGAAUACGUCUCGGCGCUCUCUCUCCGGCAGCUCGUCGCCACCUGGACGCUGCGCGACCCGCCGCUGCCGAACGCAGUUCUCGCCGCGCUGUGCAACGAGGCGGUGAGGGUCGUCGACCGCAUCUCCGACUUCGAGGUGCUGAACGAGGACGUGCGGGUGGACAACUUCCUCGUUCGCCAGGAAUUCCUGGCCCCGGCCUCUCGCGACGGAGGUGCGCCGUCCGUGGACGGCGCGGUGGUUCUGAUCGACCUCGGACAGUGUCGUCUUCGGCGCGAGGACGAGAGCGAAGAAGAGUGGAUCCAGGCCAAGUGGUCACAGGACGAGACGGGCGCUAUCGGAUUCGUGCUUCUCGGUCUAGUGCGACAGUUUGUUGGAGAGGAUAAAAAAGCGCCCUCCGUCAAAGAUUACCUGAACGGCAUCGACGUCUCCAAGGUCACCUCGGGCCUGUGGGACCCGGCGAAGCAGUGGAACCGCCUGCACGGCGACGGCAAGUCGUCCACGGGCGGCGCGUACCACAUCGAGACCAUGCUCGGCAGCGACGGCGUGUACAAGGCCAAGGUCGUCGGCCCAGGGGGAUCCACCGCCGUUUCCGCGAGCUGGCCCGCGGGCACGAAGCCGCCGUCGAGCGUCUCGCAAGUUAUCGCGGCUCUCAAGGCAAACGCCUAG